AUGGCCAAACCACUUCCAACACUACCAGCGUUCAAGUCGGCCCCCAAAACCGACGAGAACGAGUUGUUUGUGUACAGUGCCGACUCGGACGAGGCGUCCCGUGUCAACUACAAGCCAAAGACACAGUACCGUUAUGGCGUGGCUGGGGACGAGUUCGACGUGGAAUUUCAGCGUAAAGACGUGAAAGACGUGAUCCACAUCAUCACCUCGGAAAUCAAACGCAAAGGAACAAAAACACCGUACCUGUUGCUCCCGUUUAGGCCCCAGCAACACGAUUCAAAAUUGAAGGCUUUUCUAAAGGAGAUAUUUGACCAUGCAAACCUGGCAGACGAGCAAAUCAUCAAGUCCGCGGCAAAAAGGGCAGACGAGUUUGUGCUCGUGAGUGCACUGAAGUUCUUCUGGUGCAGAUUGCCGGGGAAUUGCGUGAUCGGAUGGAAGACAUACACCAAGUUUGUCACUUUGGACGAAGAAGCUGGAUUUCCCAAACGCGCCUUUUUGGAGUUCAUGCCAAGUUGUCUCUCGUCGGGCGCCCAUGCAUCGAUUGUGUACGACUUCUUUGACUUGAUUGUUGCAUUGACACUGAAUUCAAAGCAAAACAUGCUGAGUGCGAAGAAGAUCGCUCGUUUGUGCGGAUUAUGGGCUUUCCAUUCGGUUAAAAAUAACCAGGCCGAAACACCAAGUUUCGAAAGAGGCAUGUACGAGUGGAUUCCGGCUGGAGAUGCUACGUUCCAUCUGUUGCUCUCUUUCCUGAACACCAUGCCUCCUAAGGGACAGGUUGAGAAACUGCCAAGAGCAUUGCAACAGGUGUUGAAAAGCACUCCUUAUCCUCCACCUCCAACAUCAAAGAACUCUGGAUCGUCCUCGCGUUUCCUUCAAGAGGUCCCAAUGGUGACGAUCAAAGUCAACAACCCGUCCAAGAACCCAGCAGAGCUGCUUGUUCGCGUGUCCAAGACUUUGAAAUUUAAUGAUCCGGCCGUUUUCUACACUCGAGAAGAUUACUUGUUGUUGAAACGUUUGUUCAAAGACCCAGAUGGGCUUAUUAGCAAGCUGUCCAGCGAAGGCAGUCGGCUUUUGGACAAUAUGUGCCUUUAUGACGAAGAUAUGGUGAACGAUGGCAAUAACGGUGACGAGCUGGCGUUCAAGCUUGUUCCUGGUUGGUCUGAAGAUAUGACCACGCCCAAGCCUGUGGAGCUGAUGGACUCUGACUAUUUUGUUGCCUCGGUUUCAAGAGCUACCAUCGACGACUAUUUUAUCUGGACUUGGCUGUCCUCUUUGGGAUCGGAGGAAACGAGUCUCAAGAAGAAGAUGUUUGGAAAGACAUACAUCAUGGAAGUCGAGCUCGCUGAAGGUUUCAAGAAAUGGGUCAUUGUUGAGGAACAGGACGUUGAAAGAGAUGGCUACGACAUCGAGAUAGAGCUGAAAAAGGAGAAACUCAAAGAUCUUCAGGACAAGAUCCGUAACGCUGAGAAAGAGGUGGAGCAGCUUCGCGUUGCCAACAGAACAAGAGUCAUUUCUGAAAGCAAAGAUCUAGCAGAUAUCACUAAUAGAAGAGACGAGCCUCUUCCUGACAAACCGAACCAGAACAGUCCGCUUCCUGCUCCGCCUCCAAUAGAGAAAGAUCUACCACCGACUCCUAACGGGAAGGAGAAUCACUCGCCAAUCUCGCCAAGAGAACGUGCCGUGAAAGCAAACAGCGCAAGCUCGUACUACACUGCUGUGCAGACUCCCUCUCCGAUGAAAGAUGACAGAAAAGCACCACCUAUGGGUCCUAUCCACGAACAACACAACCACGUCUCUCCUGGACCUGUUGAACGUUCUGCUCCUCCGAUGCCAUCAUACUCAUCGCCUCAGAGUAAACGUCUGCAACCACCACCACAAACCCCUCCUCAAAGUUCAGGGUAUCAGGCCCCUGUGCAGUCGUUCCAGCAUGCAGCCCAACCUGCUACCCAGCCGAUUGCCGAUAUUCCUCCUCAGCCUGCUCCGCAGAUGCGCACCCUUCGUCCGCGCAACGAGCCGCCACGGCCUUUGUCGCAAGCAGCCUCGGGCAGUCCUCUCACACCGCCUAUGUCUGCGUUUGCAAGCGAGUUCGAGCAGCCUAAACGGCCCCAGUCGAAGCGCAAUUCCAAGAUCAUUGACGAUAUCGAGAGCUUGGAAUCGCAGCUCAUGGGAGUUCUCCAUGGUGACGAAGACGAACAGGUUGCUGCUGAAACGAAGGAAUAUGGCCCUGAAACAGGUGCUCUGGAUAAACAGGUGGGUCCCCAGCCUGUGCAGCCUGUGCAGCCCGAGCAACAGACAAACCCGCAUCAAUACCCCCGCCAAUACCCUGCCACCGCGCAGCCGGCCAUGCCACGGCCUACGGUGCAGUCGCGUCCCAACUCGAUGCAGCAACAGGGCCCGAUGCGUGUGCCCAAGCCGGUCCCGAUCGUGGUGCAGCCGGCCCCAGCUCACGCUUAUCCACCACGCCAGUACCAGCAGCCCCCAAUGCAGCUUGCUGGCGGGUUUGGCGUGCCUGCGCCUUCUCCUGCGUACGCAUCGUCGGCGCGCUCGCGGUCGUCGUCGCCAAUGCGGUACGGCCAGCGCUCGUCGCCGUCUCCAGAGAGAAUUGCCCAGUCUCCGUACGGGUCGCCAGGAAUGGAGAGCCGGGGAAGACAAUACCCUAUGCCGCAACAACAAUACCCACAAUACCUGCCAUACCCGGCGCAGCAGCCUCCGCACGGCGCCUACCCUCCAGCCGGAUACGCCUAUCCAUAUGGUGCGCCUGCUGCUCCCGCUCCUGCUCCGUACGGUGGCAGCUACGUUGGCCACGCACCUCCCCCAGCCGGGUUCGGUCCGCGUCACAAGGCUAACCCGAAGAACAAGAACCAGGCCAGAAACGCCCUCAUGAACGGCGACUUUGGUAUCUAA